AUGACAGAUAAUAAUACAAUCACAGAAAUUCCAGUUUUCAUUGAUGGAACAAAACUCUUAAAUUUCAAAGUAAAAGAUUUAAAUAAAAAUUUAGAAGAAUUAAGAAGUUCACUUGGAACCAUCAUUCCAUUUGAUCAUGUAUUUGAAGAUAAAGAUGGUGCCAUCGAUGCUGAAGACGAAGAACACAAAAAGAUUUCCGAUGCUUUAGUCGAUAAUGCUAUUCAUUUCAAAACCCAAAUCUCAAUUGCUAAGGAUCAAGGUGUAGAAUUAUCUCAAGAUUUUCAAACACUAGCUAUCAAUAUUAAAGGUGUCAGUAAUAGUACCUCAGUUAAAUCAACUUCAACUACAGAACCAAAAACUGAUGACAAACCAAAAGAUGACACCCAAAAUGAAAGUAACGCUGAAAAAGAAGAAAGAGCAACAAAAAAUGCAGGCUUAACAAAUAUUAAUAUUGAAGAAAAUCGUUCAGAUAUUUACGAGUAUUGCAAAAAUUUACCCCUUAGAUAUUCAAUCGAUAGUGAAACUUUUGAGGAUAGAGCUGAAGUAGUUCAAUGGGAUAUCAGUAACGCAUUAAUUUUCCCACCACAAGAAACUUUAACUUUUAUUACAAAAUCAACAUUUAAUUCCGUCGAACAUAAUGCCCAUAAAGGUGGUCUUUACUCAUGGAAUGGUACUCUUGCUUUAAAAUCCAUUGUUAACGCUACCCAUAAAGGAUCUGUAGAAAAAGAUGAAACAAAAGCAAAGGAAUCUAAAACUGUUUACUCUUAUACCCAUGGUAUGGUUUCAAGACUCGAAAUUAGAAUCGAACAAGAACACAUCACUUUAAAGAGUAGUUUUAUUUCUGACCUUGAAGAUGCCUCAUCAGAUUUAAAUUCCUUAAAGAAUUUCCUUAAAACUAGAGAAUUCUUCCCAACUCGUUUUGUAUUAGGUGGUAAAAUCUCAUCAACUGGUUACAAGAAAGACUGCACUGAGAGUGAUAAGGAAACCUUUGGUUUAACCCUUGAAAACCAUUUCAAAACAAGUUUCCACGACUCUGUAAAUUUAGAAUUAGGUGCCAAUGUAAAUAAAAAUAAUUCAAAUUCAAAUACAUCGAUUGAUAAUUGUUCAUUUGACGAAAAGAAGGUUUUUGGUGGUACAAGUUCCCUUAGAGAUGAUUUUGAUAAAUAUAUAUUAUCAUUGGAAAAAAUUGGAAGUUGUUCAAUCAUUGAAAUUGGUAAUCUUUGUACAAUUUGGAAAAUUUUAAAGAAUCAAAAUAAAGAAUUACACGAAAAAUGUAUGAACCUUUUAGAUAGCGAAGAAAAAACUUUAAAUGUUAAAGUUUAUUCAUCUGUUAAAACAAGUUUAACAAAAGGAUAUUCUAAAUUUAUAAUUAAUGGUAAAGAAAUUGAUUUCGGUUCAAAUGUUGGUUUUAAUGUUGUUUUAUUAGAUUCAAAAGGUUCAAACUUGGAUUCAAAAUUUUUCUACACAAGUUCUGUUUUCUUUUUCAUCAAUCGUUCAAAGAAUUUAGCUCGUUAUUUAAAUUCAGUUAAAGAUGGUACAAUUGUUCUUAUCUCUGUUAAUGGUGAUGGUUUCUCACGUUUAAGCGAAUUAGCUCAAAAGGCAUUAACAGAUAUUGGUAUUGAUGGUGUCGAAUUUAAAGAAGCUCAAAGUUCAUUCUGUGCCAUCCUUAGAAAAGGUGAUAAAUCAGAAUUAGUUCAAAGCUCUAGAGAUAAUUCCGAAGCAUUUGUUGAAAAAACUUUUAUAAUUAAAAAAUAA